UUUUGACUCAGUACCCGAGGGUAUUGAUCAAAGAUAGAUAAACUUCAUCUGUGGACCCACCGAUUUGCAACAACAAUCCAUCCGUCCAUAUCCCACGUCCAAGCCUCAACGCCUCGAGGCUUGUAACGUGUUCACGCAAAUACCCAGUCCUGAUGGUACUAUAGCAGUGGUAAGUUUUCCGUGAAAGUUCACCUCCGGUAUAGCCUCGGGCCGGGUGUUAUACCACCUUUCCCCUUGAAUGUCAUCUCUGCGAGUCUCCAAAGCUUUGCUGAAUAACCACUCACGAUUAAUGUCCUCAAUGCCAAGUACCAAAUUGCACAAAUUCGUCCUAUUCGCUCCAGACGCCAAAGAUUCCCUUCGGUCCACCGUCCAAAAACAACACCGUGAAGCGAUCGCGCCUUUCGUUCAGUCUGGCGUCGUCAAGGUCGCUGGAAUGACGGUGACACCAGAAUCAGUCGAAUCUGAAAACGCGACUGUGAAGCCAUUUGGGUCGUGUAUUAUAUACGAGGCUGCAAACAUAGAUGUAGUAAGAAAGAUGGUGGAAUCUGAUAUCUACUAUACCUCUGGUGUGUGGGACCGGGAAAAGCUAGUUCUCGUACCCUUUCUCCCUGUCACGUCGUUCCCGUAGAAUGAGUUAUCCGACUAGGGCGUUGAUUUAAGCGGAGAAUCACGAAUAAGACUCAAUCUGCAGCACAUAGUGUAUGUAGGCUUGGAUAGAGCUUGUGUGAAUAGGAAUAGGAAUUAUUUGGGAAUUAUGCUCAAUGACGAGAGAAAGGC